AAUAUCCCUUAUUCCGUCGAUCCGUGGAAAUGGUUAACGUUUGCUCACCCCUUCCACACCAUUCUCAACCGUCGCCCGCCAUUUUUCAGCUCGCGGAGAAGCCGUUAAAUCAUAUAUAACCUACCCCUGAACUCCGUCAUCCUGGUCUCUCACCCAUGGCGACACGCUGUCUCCAUCCUACCAAUCUCUUCUUCUCCCUCCUGCCCCAGUUCUUCCUCCAAAGCCCUAAACCCAUCUCUCUGAAGCCUCUUCAGCGUCGAACAUCUACGCUCAUCCGCUCUUCCUUAGCUGACCAAUCCCUCUCAGCGAAGCAAAACCUCCUAACACUCGUCUCAGACGAACAACGAGGCGUCAAAACCCUGAAAAGCCCUGAAAAGCGCUCGAAGAUCAUUGAAGCGAUCGAAGAGAUUGCUGUUUUAGGCAGUGACACAAUCACAACCGGAGCGACGCUUUCAGGGACGUGGAGGUUGCUCUGGACAACGGAGAAAGAGCAGCUCUUCAUAAUUGAGAAGGCGCCAUUUUUUGGUACUCAAGCGGGUGAUGUUUUGCAGGUUAUAGAUGCAGGGAAAUGUGUUCUACACAACGUAAUCACGUUUCCUCCAGAUGGGGUUUUCUUUGUUCGAUCCAACAUUGAAAUUGCAUCGCCACAGAGGGUGAAUUUUAGAUUUACAAGUGCCGUUUUACGAGGGAAGAAUUGGGAGUUUCCGCUGCCUCCAUUUGGGCAGGGAUGGUUUCUCCUGAAUUUAACACUGCAUGGCAAAUAUGGUUUCCAGAAAUCAACACUGCAUACUCCACAAGGGGAACUAGUAUCCUCACAGCCACAUAUUUGUAAUCACACAGUACACAUGUAUCUAGCUUUCAGCUUAUUUUAUGUCUAGCAUAAUUGUAUAGAAGUUAUCAUUGUUUACUUCUAGGAACUGAAGCUGUAUAUCCUAUAAGAGAAAGUAGAUCCAGGCCAUGUCUGGUUUCUUGGGAAGUGUCUGGUAUUUGGCACAUCAUUUAUCUAAAUCAUGCAAAUAUGUAAGAAUAAAAACAAACUAGCACAAAUACUGUCAUAAUAUGCACAUCCUCUAACCAUUGUUGAUAUACACAUAUUCCUCGAUUUCUAGUUGGA